CUUGUCACUUCUCCAAGAGGAAGAAGUGCCGCUGCCGCCCGAACACGAACGACUGCACCUGAAACACUAACCUGCGAUAAAAACACAACAUGGACGCGACCAGACCUCGACACUCAUCCGCCGGAAAUGCCGCAGGAACAGAAGAGGAGGCAAAAAAGAAAGCAGCUGCGGCCCAAGCAGCCAUCCGCCUCCCUGAGGUCCGACUGGUGGUGCUGGGCUGGAGAUGGCCGGGAAAGAGCCUGACGGGUAAUACCAUCAUAGGCCGAGAGGAAUUUCGCCUGGAGCGAGCGGCGGAGUUCUGUGUGAAGAGGCAGACUGAGGUGGAGGGGCGGCAGGUGGUUGUGGUGGACACUCCAGGGUGGUUCUCUGCGCAGGACACCCCUCCCUCCUAUAAACAGGAGCUAGUAAGAGGAGCAUCUCUGUCGCCUCCAGGUCCACAUGCCUUCCUGCUCGUCAUCCCCGUAGGCAUGUUCACAGAGGUGGACCGUGCACGCAUCGAGGAGCACGUGAGCCUCUUCGGGGAGCAUGUGUGGAAACAUACGAUUGUGGUUUUCACGUGGGCAGAGUUGUUAAGGAACAUUUCAAUCGAGAGGUACAUUCGCAGGGAGGGCAAGGAUCUGCAGUGGGUGCUGGAAAAGUGUAAGCGAAGGUACUUUGUCAUAAACAACUGCAUAUACGGGGAGCAUCCGCAGGUAGGACGCCUGCUAGAGAAGGUGGAAAAGUUGGUGGCAGAGGAAGGGGAGCACUACAGCCAAGAGGAGGCGGAGAAAGAGAAGAAACCACUGGAGGAGAACCAGAACCCAGCCAGGGACGUGCGGGAGCUGGGGGCGAGACCCAAACAGAACUCUGGACUGGGAUUGUCCAAAGCCAUGGAGGUGGAUCCAGUUUCCAAUUAACCACAUUCUCCCGGCUGAUGGACCCUCUAAACCACGACUCACGGAGCCUUUGCUUCACUGCGCUGACGACAAAGCUGCGUAUUUGACGAGACAGGAAAGGGUAAUUGGCUGAAAUGUUACUGAAUGUACAAACCAAUGUGAUUUAUUUAAGUUAUUUUUAAAAAUCUGACAUGUUAGCAUGUGUUUUAGUCGCGUGCAUUCUUUGGGACGCUGCAUCUUCUCAUUGUGAUGAUGCUGGAGGCCUUUUCAACAUAAGAGCCCUUUUCUAAAGCUGUCCAUAUAUUUAUACUCCCCAGUUGUGUAAUGAUGAAAAAAAGAUUUGUUAGUGUGAGGGAUGUUUGUUGGUUUGUAAUAAUGUCCUGGUGGUUGUGUGAUGGGACUAAGGAAGUACAGGCUGUUGCGUACAGUGGGUAACCACCAUCACUGUGUGCACUCCUGAGUCAUGGUGGAGACCAGUGGCAGAACUGCACUGUUAAAAUUGUUUCUGUUAUAUUCUGUUCAUGACUGUUGAGGGUGUGGCUUUUAUUAUGAUUCCUAUUUGUUUUGACCAAACUGCAAUUAUUUUCUUAUGCUACACGUCAUUGCACUCUCAGUGGACAGUUAUGAAAUUGAGCAAUUACUGAUUUUUGUCUGUUGCCAUAAAGUUGUGAUUUUUUUUUGAAAAAUGUAUGUUUCAGAUGUUUAUAUCACUUUGUGGCAGAGGAAUAUGUCCGAGGAUGUCAACCUGAGGCUCUUAAUUUGUAUUCAAUCAGUGGAAUAUUCAGGUUAAAAGCCUUGACUUGAUGAAAUCCAGGUGAACCAUGUGUCAAUGUAGCUUUACAAUGUUUAAUUUAGUCCUCCUGACAGAGAACAGUCAGCUGCUCCGGACACACUCCAACAUUGCACGAGAAGUUUCUGAGGCUCAGUACAGUAACAAUGGUCACUGAAUCUUGGUUUACCAGACUUAAGCAGAGCGUCUGCCUCACUGUACCGACGGCAAAGCAGCAUAUUUGACAAAACAGGAGAAGGUAACUGUAGUAAACCAUGGUCGUGUGACCCAGUUGCAUGUCUCCAGUCCUGCCUUUUGUUGGGCCUCUAACCAGCCUGUGUGUAUGUUCAUAUGGGACCCACAUAGCACCUGCAUCACAGAGCAAAAGCAGAGUACACAGUGUUGAAUCCUUGCCUUCCAUAUCCCUCGACUACAGAUCAGUUCACAUAAUAUAUCUGAUAAUAUUUCUCCUAUUUCUUUUCCUGAAUACUCCGAUAGUUUCCAUUUUAGUUAACUGGAGUGACUGAGAUCCACAGGUCCUGGCGGGAAAUAUGUGCCUUAAAUCGUUUGUUCUUUGUAAAUAUCACAAAUGUCUCUCAGGACUUAGAUCCACUGCCUUUCACUUGAACAAUCGAAUCUGGAUUGUUUAACCCUCUGGGGUAAAAUAUUAGCAAAGCUCUGAGAGUCAACAACUGACUUAAAAGCCUUUUUAUUCUAGGAACCCUGUAGAUAUCAUAGAUCUGCUCCUUAAAAGCAGCUGUUAGUCUUUUGUGGAAAUGUAUUUAUAUUCACAACACAGAAAAAGUGGUUAUCAAUGUAUGUACUAUGACUGUUUCACCUAGUGUGGGUAAAUACUGCUGUGUGUUGACAUUUGAUACAGAAAUAUCAGAAAGGAAACUAACCUGCUGUUCCCUCAUUACUGACAUUUUAUCGGGUUGAUUUAAACACUUAAAUGAGAAACUGCUCUGAAUAAUUACAUUCACAAACACAGCCACACAUGUAGGUCAGACUGUAUUUGGAUUGUUGUCACUUUGCAGCAUUGGACCAAAAAUAAAGAAUAAUUUGAUAUAUAAAGAUAAAUAUCUGGAUGAACAAAGUCAAAAAAGCAGGUCAGGAUAUGGCCGACAUGUAUUGUAUUUGAGACGCUGACACAUAACUGCUCUGAGACAUGCAACCUAAUACAGCCAUCUUUGUAUUUGUGUUGUUUGCAGUGGUGAUUUAGUUUCUUCUAAAACCUUUUUUCCUGAAGCAUGGAUCCUGUUUUGUCUUCCUCUUGUGCCACGUCUUCUGAGUCCAGCACGAGAAUCAAGUUACUCCUCGGAAAUUCAUGAGCGAGGCCCAGUAACCUCUCUGGGCCUUUGCCGUCUGGUUUGUUGGCCUGUAACGUGUCUUACAGUAUUUGCCGAAAUGUUGUAGAUCUGUGAUGGAAAAUGAACUGGCUUUAUUUCACUAAAUGCUGCAUUUGUUAUUUCCUUCUGACAGCUCCAAAUAAAUGUAUAUUUUGAUCCACUGUGAA